GGUGACUGUAACAGACCACCGUACACGUAGCAUUCUUCUUAUCUAACAUGUUUAACUACAAUAUUUUACCUUCUAAUCGAUGAUUGUAACGCAGGUCCUGUGCACAUCAAUAUAGGAUUUUUAGGAAAAUGGCAGAGAUGAACUGGGGUGAAUCAAAACCAUAAAGAAGACUUAUAUUGGUUGGAAAUAAUAGUAGUGGUAAAAGUACCACAGGAAACAAAUUGUUAGGAAGGUAUGCGUUUUCUAACGGAAAACUAAAGUGCUGUAAAAUGAUAAGUGGAACGAACAAAACAUUCAACAUCUCUUUGCGCAUAGUAGAUACCCCAGGACUUUUUGAUAUAGACAUUCCAUUUGCUAAAAGAGCACUUGAAAUUCAAAGAUCCGUCGCCAUCUGCUCCGGUCCACAUGCAUUUUUGAUCGUAAUUAGCCCCGAAAACGACAUGACUGUAUAUGAUACCUUUACAGACACUAUCGGUAUGAUGCGCCUCAUGUUUGGCGACUGUGUAUUCGACAGCACAAUCAUUGUUUUUUCACAUGGACAAAACUUUGUCUGUGACAAAGAUUUUUACCGAUUUUGGACAGAGAAGACGGAAUUGGCACAACUGGUAUCUCAGUGUGGACAUCGUAUCGUCAGAGUGGAAAACGUCGAGGAAAGCGAGGACCAAGAGGAUAAUAUCAUGAAGAAAGUCAAUGAAAUGUCAUUGAACGGCAUCGCCGAAUACCGCUUCCCGUCGAUAGAAAUACAUAGCAAGGCUCUGCAAGAUCACUUAGACAACUACAAUGGUGGCAGCUGUGUGCGCACACAAAUAUUAGAAGUGGAAAGGAAACUUGAUACAAAUAAAAACGUGAUUGCCCUAAAUAAAAUGAGGAAUGAGACAAAAAUUAUUUUGAUUGGCAAGUCUGGAAAUGGGAAGAGUUCAACUGGUAAUACCUUGCUAGGGGGUCGUGCUUUUGUCGCUGAUAGAGAUCUGAAUGCCGUGACAGAAAAAUGCGAGAUGAAAACAGGAAAUUUCAUGACGCAUAAACUCAGCGUUGUAGACACACCAGGACUUUUUGACACUGCAAAGAGCUUAGCCGAAAGAGCGCUAGAAAUUCAGAAAGCAGUAACAAUAUGUCCUGGUCCUCAUGCUUUUUUACUGGUCUUUAGUGGAGCAAAUCGAAUGACCGAAGAAGAAAAAUUCACUAUUGAUCUUAUGCGUGUGAUAUUUGGCGAGAAGGUAUUUGACAAUACAAUCAUUGUUUUUACUCGUGGAAGCGAGUUUUCAUCUGACGCCGAUUUUACAGAGUUCUGGGAGAAAAAUGUUGUAAUUAAGAAGCUUGUCGAACAAUGUAACGGUCGCAUUCUAAAGAUAGAGAAUAUUAAUGGAAAUCGAGAUGAGGCAUGUUGGGAUAUUCUCAAUGCGAUUCAAAGUCCUCAUGUAUACAAAUACCAAUACUUAAACAUUCAUAAAAAUGCACUGGAAAAACAUCUGAAAAACUACAAUGGCAAGCGAGAUAUCCACAAAGAGCUGGAAGACGUGGUUGGAAGACUUGCAUCAGAAUUAAACAAAGAUAUUUGGAAAGUGGGACUUGUUGCUGGAGGUACCUUGUUAGUAACAGGUGCUGUAGUUUCAACAGUCGGUAUACCUGCUGCAGUUGGAAUGAUAGGAACUGAAGUUGGUGCUUACGAUGUAGUAGCUGGUAUUGCUGGUGUUGCUGGGGUUGCUGGUGGGAUUUAUAGGGUUGCUGGCGUUGCACAAGCUGCUUGGGGAAGUAUUAAAGGAUGGGUGCGGUAUAAAACUGAUUGAAAACAGUUUUAAAAAACUCACCAAUGCUAAAGAUUCCAUUUCUGCAAAUGUUUGACACCUGUCUAUUCACUGUGAUCAUCUUUUGUUGCAGUAAAACAUUCGGUAACGGCUGUGAGCCGUAUCGGCCUCUUUAUAUAUUUCAUUCAUACUAUUGUUAUUGUGUUUGUGUUUUGACAGAACUUUGUUCAUACGCAUUGACGAUUGUUUGAAUUUAUGACUGACAUUAAUAUCCCCUCUUAUAUAUGACAACACUUGUAGGUAUUACAUAAAAUUAAACAAAUGUUAUGUUGCAAAUACAUAGACUUCCUGUAAUAAGGAAACAAAUAUAUUA